AUGUUUGUAGCUGCGUUCCUGUCCAGUUUGGCUCACUACGAAAUCGCCGUCCCGAUCAGACUGGGUCCCGAUGGAGUGCCCCAGGAUGCAACCCAGCUGCAGCAGCAGAGGAGACAAAAACGCGGCGCUGAGGACAAGCUUCCCGACACGCUCUUCUACCAGCUCUCCACAUCCAACAACAACUUCCUGCUGAACCUCACGGUACAGGGGGGGCUGCUGUCCCGCCAGUUCAGGGUGGAGUACUGGAAGAGGGGGCGGCUGGCCUGGAGUCACCCGUACGUCCCCCACUGUCACUACACGGGACAUCUGCAGGACCGGCCGCAGUCCAGCACAGUGGCCCUCAGUAACUGUAAUGGCCUGCAGGGAGUGAUCGUUGCCGGGGGGGAGGAGUACCUGAUUGAACCACUGCGCAACAACUCACACACACACGGAGGGGAGAGUCCAGAGGAGCGACCCCAUGUGGUCUACAAGCGGUCGUCACUGCGCCACCAGUACAAGGGACAAUCCUGCGGAGUCAUGGAUGAGAAGCCAAUGAAGGCCGCGUGGUGGUGGCAGAGAACCCUGAAGACCCCUCCUCACCAUGCGGGCCGGGGGCAGCUGCCUCUCAAGCGUUCAGUGAGCCGUGAGCGGUACGUGGAGACUCUGGUUGUGGCCGAUAAGAUGAUGGUGGGUUACCACGGGCGACGGGACAUCGAGCAGUACAUCCUGGCUGUCGUGAAUAUUGUUGCCAAACUGUUCCAGGACUCGAGCCUGGGCAACGCAGUCAACAUUGUGGUGACACGCCUCAUUCUGCUCAUGGAGGACCAGCCGACACUGGAGAUAAACCACCAUGCAGGGAAGUCCCUGGACAGCUUCUGUAAGUGGCAGAAGUCCAUCCAGCACCGCAGCAGUUACGGGAAUGCCAUACCAGAUAACGGCAUCGCACACCACGACACAGCUGUACUCAUCACCAGGUCAGGAGGAACACCUUGCUGA